AUGCUUCCUACAACGAUACUAGCCAUUGGCCUCCCGGCCCUGGCUUAUGCUCACCCCACAGUUCUCGAUACCGAACCUGCCGUAGCAAUCGAGCGCAGGUUCAAGCCCUCGCCGACCACAAGCUAUGAACUCAAGCCCGAAGACCUCGUCAAGCUCAAUGUUUGCAAAGAUUCUCAAGGACAGCUCAAGUGCGAGGAGAGGAAAACCGGACUUCUAACCACUCAGACCUUUUCUUUGAUCGGCAAACGACAAAGUUUGCAGCCUAAAGAAGAAAGGCUUCGCUGCACUUAUACUGACAAAGACUCCAAGAAGGAGGAGAAGAAAUGGGUCGAGGGUGACGAUGGCAAGUGUACUAACGACAAGGAAGUCAUCACCAAAGACACGUGCACCAAGGACAAGGGUAAACUCAUUUGCCAAGAAAAGGCAGCCGAAACGUUCAGCAUUUUUAACCGGAUAUCCAUUGCCAUUCCUGUACCUUUUUGGAACAACCAAGCCGCUUCCAAGCCCACUCAUGGACUGGUAUGCAUGGUAGACAAGGGACAGGAGGCCGCCAAAAAUGCGACCACUUUUAGGUCAAUCGUCAAGGAGCAGGCCACUUGUAUUCCCGAGAAGAAGCCUCUGCCCGAGAUCACCAAGGCCGAGUGCGAAGCCGCCAAGGGGAAGCGGACCUGCAUCAUGGAACAGCAGACUGUUCCCGCCGGAGCCAAGCUGAAGCAGCCGGCAACAACCCACCGUUGGAAGUGCAGUGUGCCCGGCAAGGAUGGUGCCAAGGCCGAGGAGAAGAUGAUCAAGGGCGACGAGGGCAAGUGUGAGAUGAAGGACAUGCUUGUCAACGGCGUCAAGCAAGACAUCUCGCUCAAGGAAUGCAAGGACCGCAACGGAACAGCACCCUGCCUGCCCGAGAACCAGGUCUUUCGCUGGACGCUCAAGUACGAGAGGACCAAGUGCAACAUUCCUUCUACCAAGGUCAACGGCACCGACGGGGAGGUUCGUAACAUCAAGUUUAGCGACCGGAAAUGCACAUAUGAGGAUGCGAAGAAGGAUAUCGACACCAUGGAGACCGAGGCCAAGAAGAAGGCUGCCAACGCGCCGGGCGUGAUCCCCAAGAACCAGACCACCGACGCCGCUGCCGAAAUGACCAAGAAAGAGUGCCAGGAUGUCAAGGGCGCCAUGGCCUGCACUAAAAAGGGAGAGGCUCUCACUUGGCGCUGCAAGAUUGCCUACUUUGGCGGCAAGCCCAUCGAGGAGAAGUGGAUCAAGGGUGAUGAAGGCAAGUGCACAGAGGCAGACACCAAGAAAGACGCUACCAAAAAGGAAGAACCAAAGAAGGAGGAGCCCAAGAAGCCCGAGAACAACGCCACCAACUCUACUGCGACCUCUACCACCUCUGCCUCGGCUCCUACCCCAACCCCUACCCCUACCGGCUCAGCUGCUAUCACUCGCCGCGGCAUUAAGCCUAGUCUCGCCGGUUCUCCCAAGGGUCCCUCCGGACCGGAUGUGGGUGAAGACAUGGCCAAGCCCGUUUCUAUGUCGAUGCCGUCAAAGGAUCUCGAUAUGCUCGACCCUGUCGCAGAUUUGCCAGGUCCCUCAAAGUCUCGCAAGCUCGAGGAUGCAUCUCUCCCUGGAAUUGAUGUCAUGCCUGCUGCAAUGAAUGCUAUGACUGGCGAUGAUGGCAUGCCUGGUGAUGAUGUCCCCUUCAACAUGCCUACCUCUACUGGCCGCAAGCCCAACAAAAUGAUGGAGAAGCCCGGUGCGGCCGACCUUGAGGACGACAAGACCGUCAAGAUCGCCAUUCCCAAGGGUGACACUGGCAAGCAAGGACCCAAGGGUGAGCCCGGCCGUCCUGGACCCAAGGGUAAAGAUGGCCGUCCUGGCCCCAAGGGCAAAGAUGGCAUGCCCGGUCCCAUGGGUCUUCCUGGAAUGCCCGGAAAGGAUGGCGAGAACGCGCCCAUCUUAAUUAUCAGCACCGAGAUUGAGAAGCCCAAGGACAUGAAGAAGAAGAAGGGCGGACGCAAGCCCCUCUGGAUCACUCGUUCCGAGUGCAGGGCUCAGGAAGGCUUCGAGACCUGCAAGAAGGGCAAGAAGAUCUGCCGCAUCUCCAACGGCAGCGAGCUGUCCGAGCCUCGCCUGGGUGGAUCCUGCGACGGCGCUGACGCCGAUGAGCACCACGUCGAGCUGUUUGAGGGUAUGUCCCGCCGGGCCAUGGCCAAGAUGCUGGCCAAGCUGCUCAAGAAGGAGUUGAUGGGCGGUGGUGACGGCAAGAAGGGCAGCGGAAAGCCCCACCACGGCGGCAAGAAGCUCAAGAACAAGAUGAAGAAGAAGCUCGGCGGCGGGCGCAAGUUCCACGACGGCAAGACCAAGAAGUCGGACUGGGUCUACAAGCAAUCGGCAGUUAACGACUGCGACAAGCUCGACGGUACGACUGGCUGCCUCGACGGCCGCGUCACCUGUAUGUUCAAGGGCCGCAACAACAAGCCCCACAUCAGGAAGUACCAGGACACGUGCGAGUGGCGCCUCCGCAACGACAGCUGGAGGAGCAAGCACCAUGUCGAGUAA